AUGCCACUAGCCAAAUUCGUCGGCGCCCAGAAGCUCGUCGUCGACGAUGCCAACGAGGCAGCUAUUGUCCCUGCCGCUCAGGAGUUCCCUGAGGCAGACAUCCCUCAGGAAGCUCACCAGUCGACUGACGCCCUACUGGCCAACCUCACUCAGCUCGAGCUCAGCAACAAUUCGCCCCUUACUUACGCAGACAACCGGAAUUUGGAGAAGCGUGCUGAACCCAACAACAAGUGCAAAUUCUUCCCCGGCGACUUUUUCUACCCCUAA